AUGGCCAUACACAUCGCUAUUCUCGCAUGUUGCCUCGUCCAUGUUGUCUCCCUUCCAUUGCAUCCUGAUGCUUCGAAUUUUUUAGACGCCAGAAUUCUUGACUUCCAUCAAUCAACUCCACGUAGUAUUGUUCAAGGCGUUGUCGAUGCCAUCGAGAAACAGAAUAAAUCACCUUCCUCUCCACCCCCCACACCUGGUGGAGUCAUAAAGGGUGUUGCCGAUGCUGUGGACAAGCAAAAUCAACCACCAUCGGACGGCUCCAAGAAAAGCUCUGGUAUUGUGGGCAGCGUCGUCCACGGUGUCAAAGAAGCUGUCGACAAACAGAAUCAGCCACCAACGGAUGGCAAGAAGAGCUCCGGCAUCACAGACGGCAUCGUUCACGGUAAUCAGCCGCCUACGUCUGGAUCUGGCGCGGGCGAUGACAAGAAGAAAGCCUCAGAUAAAUCUAGCGACAAGAAGCCGUCCACUGCAGGUCCUGGCACUGCUGACGGGGCUAAAAAGGCUUCUGAGGUUAGCGACAAAGCGGGAGAGAAGAAGCCACCCUCAUCGGGCGAUGGCGCGGGAGAUGGGGCUCGAAAGGGGUCGGGCGUGGAUGAGAAGAAGAAAACCCCCGCAUCCAGUCCUGCUGGUGAUGAGAAGAAGAAACCGACCACUAGUGUUGGUGACGACGCACCAAAGGGCUCCCCAGUUUCUGACAAGAAGAAGCCUACCUCAGAUGAGAAGAAGAAACCACCGACAUCUGGGGAUGAAGCGGUGAAAGGAUCAGGAGCUUCUGAUAAGGACGAUAAGAAGAAAUCUCCUGCCUCGGAAACGAAGACAAGUUCUGGUGUGGAUAGCAAGGUUAAAGAUACAAGUGAUCCAAAGUCAAAGAAGCCGUCUACGGACGAUGACAAGAAACCUUCACCCGACACCUCUAAAUCACCAGUUGAAGACAAGAAAAAGAAACCCACAACUUCUGGGCCUGAUGGCGACGUCUCAGACCCCGCCGACAAACAGAAGAUACCCGCUACGACGAAACAAUCUGAUGCAUCCCAUGAUGGCGCGCAUAAAGCCGCUGAUGACGAAAAGGAACCAACCUCUCCAGCAACUGAUGCUACGAAGAAGAAAGGCGAUGCCAAAGGUGCGACGGAUGCAGCGGACAAGCAGAAGAAACCUGCUACAACCAAGGAGUCGAGCGAGGGAGGGGCUGUCAAAGGUGCGGAGGAUGCAGCGGAUAAGCAGAAGAAACCCGCCACAACUAAGGAGUCCAAUAUGGCGCACGGUACCGCUGAUGGUGCCCAUAAAACGGUUGAAGAUGACAAGAAAGGAUCUCCGUCGGCGUCGACAACGAGCAGCACGAAGAAGGGAGGGAUCGCGCAGAGUAUUAUCGAUGCAGUGGACAAGCAGGUGAAGCCUGCUGGAAAGGGAUUAUCGACCGUUAUAACGUUCUACUCGUCGGGCAGCAGCACCGGCAGCACGCGUAAUGGUGAAGAGGCCAUCAACGCCUUCCUCUGUCAAGCCCACAUGAAGACAUCCUCGACAAUACGAACCUCGUUUAACGCUGCUAUUUAUCAUCGUCAAAGUCCUAACAGACGUUUGGAGGCAACGAGUUUUAAGGCCGCUAAUACGGUCACCAUAGUGUGGACAUCAGUAUCGGACAGUGAUUACAGGCUCGUUUACUUGUAUCUCAUACAUAGGGUCUACUAUUUUAAGUACGGACUUUCACUGUAG